AUGGUUCAAGUUCGAGCCGCCGCAAGUACCGCAUAUAGCAACGCGCUCUCGCGGGCCAGAGACGAACCUAUCCGAUUGAUAGAGCGCAUGUCGAUGCUCGUGCUCUUCUUUUACAUCGUCCGCAUCCUCCUCGUCCAAGCAGCCAUGAUAUUCCCCGCCUGGGUUGGUGCAUGGGUCGUAGACCAGCGUCAUCAACAUAUCGUCGACGUGCAGAUGGUCGUAUGGGGCACAUUGUUAGCUGAAGUCGAAGACGGCAUUGCGGUUGACAUCAUGAUCGCACACAUGUUGGGGAUCUUGUACAACGCACGCAUCUUCAUCCCGCUGGUCGGAGCCGCCGCGACCGCCGCCUACCGCGCGCUCAGAGACGAUCCUCUUAAAACGAUGGCGAGCAUAUCGCCAUUCGUGCUCUCGCACUACUUGGAACCCCUAUUCGUCCAAGUCAAGACCGCCAUUGUGAUCUCCGUCUGGAUGGUCGUAGACCAGCCUCGUCAACUAAUAGCCGACGUGGAAACGGUGCUGUGGCUGAUGGUGCGCGUCGUCCUGCGCGGGUACGCCAUCAAAUGUGCAUGCAAAUAUGCCCUCGUCCAUCUCAAGAGCGCCACCGCCAUCGUCUCCGUCUGGGUGGUCGUAGACCAGCCUCGUCGACUGGUAGCCGACAUGAAGAUGAUCCUGUGGCUGAUGGUGUGCGUAGUCGUGCGCGGGUACGCCAUCCAAUAUGCAUGCAAAUAUGCAUGUCGCUGCGUUGCGCACCUCGCCGGGCUGCUCUGGGACCGUCUGCUGCGUCGACUCGGGAUGCAGCGAACUGUCCCAGGAAAUCAGCCCGGCGCCGCGCUUCAACACGACGGCCGGGCCGACCGGCGCCGCUACGUAUACGGCGCCGCUGGCGCCAACACCGAGGGAGCCGGCUAUCGCUAG